CGGUGAGCGAGCUGUCGCGGGCCGUGCGCACCAACAUCCUGUGCACCGUGCGCGGCUGCGGCAAGAUCCUGCCCAACAGCCCCGCGCUCAACAUGCACCUGGUCAAGAGCCACCGCCUGCAGAACACCAGAGGACCAGAAUAUCUACGUGCUGCUGUGGCAACAGCUGAGGCCUGAGCGCAUGUCCAAUUGUUUCCAGUCACCUGUAGAGAGGUCCAUCACCCCCUACCUUGCGUUAGGGCCAGCUGGGCGUAGCCAGACAAGAAUUAAACUGGAGGUCAUAGGUGUCUCACACCUAAGGAUGGCAUAGUAAAUCCAACAAUAAGAAAAGAUUUGAAAACUGUACCGAAAUUCUACUGUUGUCCAAUUGAAGGAUGCCCUAGAGGCCCUGACAGACCAUUUUCUCAAUUUUCUCUCGUAAAACAGCACUUUAUGAAAAUGCAUGCUGAAAAGAAGCAUAAAUGUAGUAAGUGCAGCAAUUCUUAUGGCACUGAAUGGGACUUGAAAAGGCACGCCGAGGAUUGUGGCAAGACCUUCCAGUGCACGUGUGGCUGUCCCUAUGCCAGCAGAACUGCAUUACAGUCCCACAUCUACCGAACUGGCCAUGAGAUCCCCGCAGAACACAGGGAUCCACCUAGUAAGAAAAGGAAAAUGGAAAACUGUCUGCACAACCAGAAGUUGUCCAGUAAGACCCUUGAGUCCUUGAACAACCAACCAGCCCCGAGACCAGACGCUCAAGAACUAGAAACUUCAGAAAUAAAGCUAGUCGCUUCCUUUGAAGACUCUUGCAGCUCUAAUGCCAGAAAGCAGCCUCUUACAACACCUCCGAGAUAUCCUCAGAAGUUGCUUUUACCAAAGCCCAAAGUGGCUUUGAUUAAACUCCCCAUUAUGCAGUUUUCUCCUCUGCCUGUCUUUGUGCCUACAGCCGACCCCUCGGGCCAGCCUGUGGUGUUCGGUGUCGACCAUCAGGGCUCUGCGCCGGGUGCCGUGCACUUCCUGCCCUUGUCAACAGGAGCCCUGAUCCUUGGCCUACAUUCAGAGGCUUGCUCUCUUAAGGAGAGCCUCCCUCUUUCAAAAAUUGUGAAUCCUGUUGGUGUUGAGCCAAUUAGUAUAGGUGUUCAAGUGAACUUGGGUAAAAGUCCGUCUGAUCCUUUACAGGAACCAGGGAACACAUGUCAAAAGAACAGCAUUUCUUCAAUCAAUGUACAGACAGAUCUAUCUUAUGCCACACAACACUUCAUACCUUCUGCACAGUGGGCCAGCCCUGAUUCCUCCGUAUCGUCUUGUUCUCAAACUGAUUUGACGUUUGGUUCUCAAGUUUCCCUUCCCAUUAGUGUUCAUACUCAAACAUUUUUGCCCAAUUCUAAAGUAACCUCAUCUAUAGCGGCUCAGACUGAUGCAUUUGUAGAUGCCUGUUUCCAGUCAGGUGGGAUCUCCAGAGAAACUCAAACCAGUGGAAUGCAAAGUCCAGCAGAUGAGCGAGUACAGAUGGCCCAAGCUGUAAUGUGUGGAGACAUUUUUGAGAGCGUGCAUUCCUCAUACGGUGUUUCUACAGACAGUGUUGUAAGCGGCGGCUUAGCAGCAGAGACCGUAACUCACGGUUUGUUAGCGCAGAGCCAGCCUAAGACUCUAAAUCAAGAUAGUGAGAAAUCCACACCAAUUGUAAACUUCAGUGUGCAGAAUAGUAUGCUGCCUUCACAGAACAUGACAGAUAACCAGACCCAAACCAUAGAUUUAUUAAGUGAUUUAGAAAACAUCUUGUCAAGUAAUCUGCCUGGUCAAACACUGGACAACCGUAGUCUUUUGUCUGACACAAGUCCUGGACCUGACACCCAGCUCCCGUCUGGCCCAACACAGAAUCCUGCAAUUGAUUUUGAUAUUGAAGAGUUCUUUUCGGCCUCAAAUAUCCAGACUCAGACUGAAGAGAGUGAGCUUGGCACCAUGGCCACUGAGCCAGUCUUGGAAUCGCUGGACAUAGAGACCCAAACUGACUUCUUGCUUGCAGACACCUCUGCCCAGUCCUACGGUUGUAGGGGGACUUCUAACUUCCUAGGCCUUGAAAUGUUUGACACGCAGACACAGACAGACUUAAACUUCUUUUUAGACAGUAGCCCUCAUCUGCCUCUGGGAAGUAUUCUGAAACACUCCGGCUUCUCCAUGAGUACUGAUUCAUCUGACACAGAGACCCAAACCGAAGGAGUCUCCACUGCUAAAAACAUGCCUGCUCUGGAGAGCAAAGUUCAGUUGAACAGCACAGAAACACAGACCAUGAGCUCUGGCUUUGAAGCCCUGGGGAGCUUGUUCUGCACCAGCAAUGAAACUCAAACGGCAAUGGACGACUUUCUUCUGGCCGAUUUGGCCUGGAACACAAUGGAAUCUCAGUUCAGUUCUGUGGAAACCCAGACGUGUGCAGAACUACACACAGUCUCCAGCUUCUAACAACGGAGGCCACGUGUGGGAUGGCGUUUACGAUUUCCUUCUGGAUUUAGAAACUGGAGAAUGGGGACAACAGUAUUAACUCUAUUGAAUGUAGUCUGUGACGCAGUUACUUCAAUUCUUCGAGGUUCUUUGCCUUUUGUAUGUGUAAACAUGAAAUUUGUGUAUAAAUGUGAGUGUAUUAUAAAAUGUAAGAUGUUGACCUAAAAAUGAUUGUUUUUGUGUUGCCGACGUUUGCCGUUUCACAGCUAGUCUUCUCAUCUUAAAAAAAAAUGUAUUUCACCUUUAAAACCCAUCUAACCAUUUAUCUGAAGCCAAGCUUACCAGGUACUAGGGUACAAACUUUUCAAAUCUUCAAAACAUUUUAGUCAAAGUGUGACUUGCUUAACUUAAAUUUGUACCUAAAAUAUUUUUGACAGUGCUUGUUAGAAAUUCCUGUUUUCUGAUAGUAGUAUCUAGAGACUUCUGCUGCUGCACCAUCAGAUUGAAACACCAGUGCUUAGAUGGUUUGAGACUCAUGCUGCCUGCAGCUUCAUCUGCUUUGACAUCUCACUCUUUUCUGAUUUGAAGACACAAAGGAAAACUACAGCCAUCUUUAGCUUUUGAGACAGCUUUCAUGUAUUCAUUGCCAUUCCUUCUUCACAUGAACUAUUAUUGAUACCCAUGUAAGUGUACAGUACCUUCCUCACAAGGCACAUGUUGCUGUAAAAUUACUGCUUAAAGAAGUAGUGGCAAGCGCUUCGCGUAAAUAGCGAUCCUUCUGGUCUAAAUAAGAGUAAGUCCUCCCGACCAUGGAGAUGCUGGAUUGUGCAAUCAUGCCUGUUAGCUCCUGCUGGAGGAAGCGUGCCCCCGAACGUCCCUCAUGCUCUCUGCAGUAGGCCAGGGUGCAGCUCCAGAGCUGCUUCUCAAAGGACACCGACAGGCUGGAUCUGAGUUUUGUCGCUCUCAAUGUUAGAAAAAAUAAUGCAAAGAGAAAAGGACAUUCCCCUCUAAAUUUCACUGCUGUGCAUAAGCUUGAUAGGGCAAGAGUGCAAUCAACAGUUAAACUGAAUCUUCCCUCCAUCCACCUCUCAUCGUUUCUUAAGGAAGGACAUUGGUCUAGCAAGGAUAUUUGUGCCUUGCGAGCAAUUAUAGAAUAGAUUCAUGUAAAAUAGGCUAUUCUGCAUUUUGUUGCUUUAUUUAUUUGUCUGUUUAGAGAGGCUGAUACCAAACAGUCUUCUUCAAGGAAAACGAGGUGAAGACCAGUUGCUUCAAUAAUCAAGAACAUCUGUGUUUUGAGAUGGGCGUAUGGUCAGGGUGCUUUUGGGGUUUUCUUUAUUUAGGAGAUCCUGAAUUCUUGAUUGUUGGCCAACUUUCAGGCAAGUAAAAAUCAGUACAGCCUGUAAGUUUUCUAAGUUUACGAAAAGAAAAAAAAUGCUCUGUUCCUUCUGUGGCGCAUGCUUGUGUUGCUGAAGACUAAAUCCUCAAAAUAAAAUCUAAGGAGAGGACUAAUAAUUUAUUAAAGUAAGCUGAUGGUGUUGCUACUAAUUCCUAUCCCGUAGGAGCAUUGCUGAGAUGGGUAAAUAACAUAUCCUGGGCAGAUGAACUCAACCUGGUAGAUGAACGUUUGCUUUGGUCACAGUUGCCUAUGAAUAUGGGUUUCAAAACAAACAUAAAGCCUUAACUUAGCAUUUCAUUGUUUUAGAAUUGUCACUGCCUUAAUGUUCAAACAUCUAUUCAAGUCCUCCUAGUAAAGGAGAAAUGCAUGUCUGUUUAUGUUUUUCGUAAAUAUAAAUGCAGUGAUCUGCGGCUUUAAAAACAAUUGUUUCUGUGGCCAUGUUUGUUAAUCCAGCCAAUAGAGUUAUUUACAGAAAAAUGGAGCAUGUAAUAGUUCUUCAUUUACAAGAAAGAACUGUUCCCCCCAAACCUUAGUUAUCUGAAUUGUUCUAAGAUAUUUGUAAAAACUGAAAUUCAGUGAUUAAAGAGAAGUGAGAAUUCUA